AUGUCUAUCCAACAACAUGGAAUUAAAACUAAUUCUCGAUUUAAUGCCGUUCUUAUUGGUGCACCAAACGUUGGUAAAAGUUCAUUAUUCACACAAUACGUCGAUGGAACAUUUAGUACAAAUGAUUAUAUUUCAAAUAGUAAAAAAAUUAUAAAUGUGAAUGGAAAAUUCUUGGAACUAAGACUAUGGGAUAUUAACGAACGACAACAAAACUAUCAACAACAUAAGCAAAUGAAUACAGCACAACGGGUGACGAGAACAACGAGUUCUAUUGAUCCUGGUGAACAGCACAAUGAUUUUUAUUCAACAGAUUUUGAUGGUAUUGCUUUGGUGUAUGAUAUAACAAACGUGAUAUCAUUUGAAACUAUUCGUGAUUGGUUACACAGAUUUGGCAGUCGUCAUAAAAAUGCGGUAAAAAUAGUGGUAGCAAACAAAUUAGAUUUAUUAGAUGAAAAAAUGAUCGAUUUAAUUUUUGCACGAGAAUAUGCAAACGAAUUGAACAUAUCAUUUAUCGGUGUAAGUGCUAAAAAUGGUCUGAAUGUUGAACGAAUGUUUUCGUUACUUGGCGAACAAAUGAUACAAGAACGACAACGCCAAAAAGAAGAGAUAUUAACACGAAAAUUGAAAGAAAAAAUGACAAAACUCGUGCAAAAACAACGACAAGUUCAAGACUCAAAUGAAGUUGACAAUUUGGACAGGAAAUAUCAACAGGCGAAUAAACAAGAAUAUUUUCAAGGAAAAUAUCAACGACCAAUAAAUUCAUCAUUAACAACAGUUGAUAUAAAUAAUCGUCGUUUUCCACCAAAUGAUACCUGUCCAACGUGUGGUGUUGCACAUUUUUUUUGUGCACCUUAA